AUGCAUUCAAGUGCCGAAUUCGGAGGAACGGAAGCCAGGGCAACGCUUGAAUCGUCCCUACUCAAGAAACUGGAUGCACGCAUGUCAAUUCUCAUAUUGAUUUACAUCCUCAAUUAUGUUGAUAGAAAUAAUGCCGCCGCAGCUAGGCUGCGCGGUUUUGAAAAGGACCUUGAUCUCAACGAUAUACAGUUCGCGACCGUGCUGUCGAUAUUGUACGUUGGCUAUAUCUUGAUGCAGAUACCUUCAAAUAUGUGUCUAAACUAUAUUGGGAAGCCGUCCUUGUAUCUUCCAGGGUGCAUGGCUAUUUGGGGUGCAAUUUCUAUCUCCACAGGUUUCACGACCAAUUAUUAUGGCGCUCUCUGGACACGUUUCUUCCUUGGAUUUGUAGAGGCAGCUUUUUUUCCCGGCGCAUUGUUCCUUAUUUCUAAGUGGUACAAACGCAACGAAUUAUCGCAGCGAAUAGCAUUUCUUUCAUGUGGAGCCCUGAUUAGUAACGCAUUCGGCUCUCUGAUUGCCUCUGGAAUUCUCAGUGGUAUGGAAGGCAAGUUGGGCUACGCAGCAUGGAGCAGAUGGCUUUUUUUCAUUGAAGGCGCCGUCACUGUCGUUGUGGCUAUCUCUGCUGUCUUUAUACUCCCCGAUUUCCCAGAGACCUCACGAGUUUGGCUAACAUCCUCUGAGAAAGCUCUUGCUAUUAGGCGUAUGAUCGAGGACUCGGGCUCUGCUUCGACGGAGGAGGGCGAUGAACAGAACCACUUCGCUGGUUUGUUGAUGACGCUUAGUGAUGGGAAAGUGUGGGUCCUUGCACUUGCCCUGACAAGCAUUGUCGUUUCACUAUCUUUCAACUCCUAUUUCCCGACUUUGUGCGCAACUCUAGGGUACUCGCCAACCUUGACUCUACUGCUUUGCGCUCCGCCUUGGAUUUUCGCGACUGUCGUGGCUUUGCUCGUUUCAAGGCAUUCCGACUCCACGAAUGAAAGUGUCUUCCCACUGUGUUUUGGAAUAUUCGGCUUUGUGUUGGCUAUGUCAACCAUGAACAUCGCCGUUCGGUACAUCUCGCUGUUUCUUAUGGCUCAAUCCUACGCCGGGUUCAUAUGCUUCCUUGCAUGGGCAAGCGGAUCGGUGUCGCAGCCACCCGCGAAGCGAGCUUCAGCACUCGCGCUUAUCAAUUGUGUAUCACAAUUCGGAAAUAUCGCGGGAUCGUGA